UAGUUUAUCCACAUCUUUUAAAGUGGGAACCGAGCAAGUCACAGAGAUGGAUCCAACUCACCUUCUACAAGCUCUUUCAGUGUAGACUGCCUAAAACUGAAGGGUUCCACGUUACCCUGAGCACCAUGAUCACUGAUUCAUCUAGUCCAGCAGAGCUGUAUGAGGACAAUGCUUCCCUGUUGUCCUUAGACUCCAGCGUAUUUUUUAGUGAGCCUGCCCUGCCAAGCGAUGAUCCGCUGGACUUCUUCAUUAUAAAUGUCGGAGGCAGUCGCUACAUCCUCUCUCAGGAAUUGUUGGCCUCUCAUCCGGAGACUCGUCUGGGUAAGCUCGCCCUCUCAUCACGAGAUUCUGCUUUAGAUCUGUGCGACGAUGCAGAUUUCCUCGAAAAUGAGUUCUUUUUUGACCGCAACUCACAGACGUUCCAGUAUAUCAUGAACUUUUACAAGACGGGUCACUUGCAUGUGCGAGAAGAGCUUUGUGUGAUCUCCUUCCUGCAAGAGAUUGAGUACUGGGGCAUUGAUGAGCUCCGCAUUGACAGCUGUUGCAGGGACAAGUAUUACCGCAGAAAGGAGAUGAAGGAGUCGUUGGAUAUUCGUAAGGAUACUGAAACAGUGGAUGAUGAGGAAGAGGACUUUACUGGAGUCCUGUGCCAGGAUUUGCGCCAACGCUUAUGGGACGUCAUGGAGAAACCGGACUCCUCCAAGGCAGCAAAGAUGUUUGGCACACUGUCCAUGUUCUUUGUGGUGCUCUCCAUUGUGAACAUGGCUCUGAUCUCCCUUGAAUUUUAUAUUCUUGAAGCACCCUUCAUCUUGGAUGCUCUUGAGUACAUCUGCAUCAUUUGGUUCACUGGUGAGCUAGUGCUCAGGUUUAUGUGUGUUAGAGAUAAGUGUAAAUUCAGUAGGAGCGUGGUGAACAUUAUUGACCUUCUGGCUAUUCUGCCCUUCUACGUGACUCUGGCCGUUGAGAGCCUGCAUGGAGGAUCUACAGAGCUGGAGAACGUUGGGCGGGUAGUUCAGGUCCUGCGACUGAUGAGGUCACUCAGGAUGCUUAAACUUGGCCGACACUCUACAGGUCUCAAGUCACUGGGUUUGACGAUAGCCCAGUGCUAUGAAGAAGUUGGCCUCCUUAUGCUUUUCCUAUCUGUUGGCAUCUCCAUCUUUGCCACUGUGGAAUACGCCAUCGAACACGACAUACCAGAGACCACCUUCAUCAACGUGCCCAGUGCCUGGUGGUGGGCUACCACCUCCAUGACCACAGUUGGCUACGGAGACAUCCGUCCUGAUACGGCCCUGGGAAAGGUGAUGGCUUUUAUCUGCAUCCUAUCUGGCAUUCUCAUCCUCUCACUACCUAUCGCCAUCAUCAACGAUCGCUUUUCCACCUGCUACUUCACGCUUAAAAUGAAAGAAGCGGCACUGCGGCACGGAGAGGCACUGAAGCGUUUGACGCGCAACUCGGCCUCGGAUGUGUCCGUGAUAGGGGUGAACCUGCGUGACGCCUACGCCAGAAGUGUGCUGGAGAUGCUUCGAUUGCAGGGGCGGGAGAGAGCCAGCACACGCAGCAGUGCAGGAGAUAUCUGGUGGUAGCAGUAGACCUACUUUUACAUACUAACAGAAAGAGAUAAAGAAUAAGUGAGUGUGUGAUAAGUGAGAGAGGUCUUUUGAAAGAACACAGUGUAUAAUUUUUGCGCC